AUGGAACUAGACAGACCUGGCCUGGGGUCUAGCCGUAGACCCGUUGAUGCAGGAUGUGGAGGUAGAGCCUACACGCGGUCUCCUGUCCAGCGCAGCUGGCUGGGCAUAGACGGGCAGGAGUGGAGUUGCUGCCGUUGCGUUACAGCGUCUCCUCUGGUGGAGCAUCUGGCAUUGGCAGCGACAGAUGUGCUUCUGGCAUGUUGCAAUCUUGCGCUGCUGGCGCAUUUGAGGCCUCCUUGGUACCAAGAGGCGUCGGAUGACGUCCGGUCGGAUGAUGUUGACCUGCCACGGCCAAGCAUGUUGUACGUGACAGUGCUAGCCUGUGUUUGUGGUCUUGGCGCGAUCGUUUCGAAAACUUUGGUUCUUUUAUGGUGUAUGGGUAAGGCGCCGAUGCGGGCGUCAGCUCAUGUGACUCGCCUAUCUGCGGCUGCCUGUGCACUUGUAGUGCCUUCCGAGUUCCCAGGCAGCUACUACGUGUGCCUGCGCGUAGUUUUGACUCUGUUUUCGCUGUGGAUCCUGGUGACGGGCUCAAUUUUCCAGCUGUUGGGAGCUCCUCUGGAGGCGUUCCCAUCCUCCUUGCUGCUGGGCGUGUUUUUUGCCACCGUGGGUUUCUUUCGGCCUUACGCCAGCGCAGUUGCUGAAGCGUGCCGCUCUACGCGCUGGAAUGCAGACGACGCUAAUAAAGACUUCACCAAAGAAGCGGAGAAAGGAACAGCAACGCAGACGCCAACGUUACUGCCUCGCUCGGGAGGCGCGUGCCCUCCCUUUCUGCGUAUGACGAAUAAACUUGUGGCCGGUUUUCUGAGGACUUUGGAUUUCCUCUGCUUUCCUAUCGUCUAUCUGUGCGAAACGCUGCUGACGAAGACCCGCGGUGCAGAUUCAGGAGCAGGGAACACACUGAAUCCUCACAAGCUUGCAAACCUACUGAUAUAUCUUUCUGUCUUGCCCCUGAUCGUUUGUUGCACAAUGUGUCUUGCUAGCUCUAUUUUACUACCAAUGGACUGGCCCACAGUCUACGUUGUGUAUCCCUCCCCGCUCAUAAUUUUCAUCAGUUUAGGGUUCCCGCUAGCAUGUAUUUUCUGUUUUAUUGUUCUGCUGUUGGUGCCAGUCUACUGCAGCUUCCCGAGCCGUUAUGCUCGAGCCAUGCCAAUCUUGCAAGAAAUGAUGCUGAAGCAACAUGUGAGCCCUUCAAAACUCGACCUCGCCCAGCGACAACGCAAGUGCGCAGAUGGUGUGCCUCCUUUGACUGUCGUUGACGCAGCGUCCUCGGCACCCACAGCAACUGAAAGCAACUGA